AAGUUGGUGUACGUGACACUUUUUGCCCAAGUCUUAGACUAUAAACACCGACAUUAAUACGAUUAAAAAACCCAAAUUACGGAUUAGUUAAUACAUAAUAUAUUUCUUCAAUUGCAACAAUACAUUACCUCAAAGAGCAUCAAGUAAACGUGACUAUGGCGCACUCCACAAUACUCAAGACAAUUGUUUUUUGUUCGCUACUGUUCUUUGGCCAAACAGCGCAGUUAUUGGAAACCGGUUAUCAGUACCCCAGCGACGUUAUUAUCGGAAUCGAUAGACUAUAUGAAGAUUUGAGAUGUACGUACUUGCUUAGUGGAUUGACGCACAUGCGGGUAAGCCAGCUUUUAGUCUACGAACAUUAUAAAACGCUAACAAAUCCGUCAAUCGGUGACUUGAGUUAUUAUAGCCGAAAUAUAAAAUACCAGAUAGCAUCGUUGCGCAGCAUCAACAUAAAGCGUAUAGGCGCCUUGUGGCUGAUCAAUUUUUACACGAGCUUGAUUACUUGUUUCAAUGAGACUACAAAAAACACGGCCGCAGCUUACCAGAAACUAUUGGCCACUACUCAAUAUAUAAUUGAAAAACUGCGCACAGACACGACCGAGUGCCCUAAAAAUAAUUUAUUCGACAACUACGACAGUAUAAUCAAGUCAUACCCGAGUCUUACUAUUGUUGCGUUGAAAAAAAUGUUGGGCCGUAUCGAUAAAGAAGCCAACACACUGCUGACGAACAACCACAUAGUGUUCUACGAAAAGCUGUAUUAUGAUAAAUUUGACGAGACGUUGAAAGUCAGAAACCUUAUGAUGAACAGCUCAGGUAAGUUCGAUAUUUUUAAAAAAGAUCUAAUGUACGUUUACAACGUGCACGUGGACUGGUCCGACAUAAGCGAACGAUUGGAAAAGUCUUGGUUUGCUGCGCGCACACUGGAUUGGUUUAACGACCACCUUGAACAUAUCAAAUCAUACUACACGAUGAACUUUGCAUUUCUAAAGAUCAUUAUGAUCCAGCUGACGUUGAAACACAUGACAUACUUGCAAGUUUACGAUGUCGGAUCAGACAAAUACGUACAGUACGCGCACCAAUGGUACGACUUGGUGGAGAAAUUUGCUUGCAUGUUACACUUGACCAAAGAGCAACAUGUAGAGAGCUUGCUCACGGCCGUCCAUAAUCUCUACAAAGGAACGCAGAAAAUAGACAGUGUCAUUAGCUGUGUGUUUGCAAUGCUGGUAUCACUGUGCACGUAUUUAGGCUGCAAGCCCACCGAACCGUUCCAUAUUUUGGAAAAUAAAGAAUUUCAAAUACCUUAUGUAUGUGGGAUUAUGGAUGACGUGGAACUCAUGAAAAGUACCACUAGCCGUGCGCCGAUCGAGUACAACAGUUUGGAAAACACCAGAAUAUUCUUGUGUCAUCUCAGUCGGUUGUUUCAAAACGUCGACUUCGACUACAUUCAGUUACUCAUGGAAUACAUCGAUGAAAUCACAUUUGAAAACGAUAUGAAGAGGUAUUACAGCAGUAUGGUCACUAAUCUCUAA